AUGACUUUUGGCUGUGUAAAAGUUUCCAAUAUCCGGGUACCACUGUACGUCGGUAGUAGCACCGACCGACGUCAUUGGACAGAGGCAGUGGGCGGAAAGGGAAGGACGACCCAAAAGACAAAGAGAACGAUAGCGACGACGUUGUCCUGCCGCGCCGGCGCCUGUGUCGUCUUGCGCCGAGAGCGCCCAACGAAAGGAACGUUUCAUGCGGGAUACGUGCUUGACAAGUUGACGCUUCAGGUGCUUGGAUUCUUAAAAAUUUCAAGCUUCGACGUCUUCGACGAUGCGGUGCAGUUAAUGAGCGCACCGGCGAUAUUUUUAAGCGGAAUGCUCAGCUACCGAAUUUCCUCCGUUCCUCCGAUAAAAGAAUUGUACGAGCGCGUCCGCUACAAUAUGCUUUUCUGGAUAAUCGGCAGAAAUUUCCAGCUAUCGCACGUACCGCUCCGAUGGUUCCGGCUAUUGCAGACUAUGCACGAUGAUUGUAUCUUCUCUAUCGUAGAGCUGGAUUCCACAGACAUCAGGCUAACGUCAACUUAUGCAGGUAAGCUAAAGAUUUGA